GAAUUUCAUGGGGCACUCGAUGUUUGCGGCAGUGCAAAAAAAAAUACGUAUGCCCUGCUGUAGAGGCCCAUUGGAAGAAUGUUAGGAAGAAUACAAUCGAAAAACAUUCUGGCACUCCGGUUGUGGUAUGCAGCGACGGUAGGAAUGACAGCCCUGGCCAUAGUGCCCAGUUCCUGACGUAUACGUUGAUGGAGCACACCACAAAAGAUGUCCUCAACGUCCAAUUUGUGGACAAGAGAGAGGUUGGAGACAAAAGCCCUUUGAUGGAAAUGAAGGGGUUCAAGGAGAGCCUUCUGGCUCUUGAAGACAGUGGCCUGGAUGUCAAGGAGGUGGUAACAGAUGCCCACUCUUCCAUUGCCAAGGUUAUGAGAGUGCAGCGACCACAGAUUACUCACUCAUGGGACACUUGGCAUGGAGCAAAGAAUCUUGGAAAGAAAUUAUCCAAGGCAUCUUCCAGAGCAGCGACUAGACCAUUAGCAUAUUGGGCUAGGCAUGUGGUUCUUCACUUUUGGUACUGUUCAAAGGAAUGCAAAGGGGACAGCGGGUCUUUCAAAGCUAAGUGGCACGGCCUCACCCACCAUGUGACAAAUAAGCAUUCUUGGGUGUCUGGCCUAGGAGGAGCCAACACAUGUGACCAUGGGCCCCUUGAGAACCCGGAAAGGGAGGAGUGGCUAAAGCCUGGAUACAAGGCACAUCAGGCACUGGUGGAGGUUGCCUAUGAAAGGAAGUUCAUUAACAACUUCCACUACUUCUCCAACUUCAGGCAUACAGGUACUUUGGAAUCCCUUCACAACCACAUUCUGAUGUAUGCAUCAAAGCGGUAUUCAUUUGGGUACCAGGCUUACAGAGCUAGGAACUUGUUGGCAGUCAUUGACUACAUGGCUCACAAAGAUAGACCUGUUCAAACUGAUGGUCAAGGCAAGCAAAAACAUGUCGCAGUAUGGUCAAAACAUGCUAAGAACUAUGUGGCACGACCUGUGAUGGUUCCCAAGACCUACGACUACAUACCAGCUCUUGUGAAGGACAUCAUGACAAGGAGAGAAGGAGAUGAGACACCACUCUUUGCAAAGACGGAACUUAUGCCAGGAGAUCCUCGUGCAAUCAGACCACAUCUCGCUCCUUUCCCACCACCUUCCGUCGACGAGAUAUUGAGCAGGAGGCAAGGCCGUUUAGAUGAUAAUUAGAGGUAUUCAUUAGUGCUUCCAAAACUCAAUUACAGUAAAGGCUAGAUGAUUUGGGUAAACUGCACCAUGCCUUUUUUUUCAGAUAUACUGCCCAGAUGGCCAGGAGGUGAUGUUGAAUAUAUGGUAAAACUUGUAGAUUGAUUUUUUAAUGAUUUUCAUUGUUUGAGAUAGUUAAUAUUAAUAGCUUAAGAAUUUGUCAGUCUAUUCUAUGGGUUUUUCAUGUUUAAGGACAUUUUUUUUUUCGUACUACAGACUUGAUUACUUCAUAGAUAUAAUUGUGAGAUGAUUUUUCUAGAAAGCUAUUCUUUUACGAUCUCAUAAUUAAUUUGAGCAGAAUCCGUUAGAACGACUAUGUGUUUGUAUGGUAUGUAAAUUGUAAAAAUAUGCAGCCAAUGUUUCAUGUAGAAAAGUUACGAUCUGCCCGUCAGGAAUGUGAUUAUUAGUGUGCUGGCUUUUCAGCUUGGAUUUCAUAAUAAUAAUAACAGCCAAUUUUUAUAAAGCGCUUUUCCCAGAAUGGCUCAAAGCGCGUUUAAGCAUAUUAUUACCCCGGUCAUUGGAUUCUUUUCAAUUCGCACGAAAAGUGCACAAUUUCCACUCCCUGGGGAGCAUUCCUUGCAUUCAUCGCAGCCUCAUUGUGGCGCAGGCAAAUCAUUUCAUGAUUCUACAGUAGUGUUUACGUAAUCCAGAUCUGUGAUGAUGUGGUGAAUACUAACUGUAAUGUUAAAGACUUGCGCAGAAAUCAUUUCUUGCAGCAAUUACCCAAGUUUAUCUUAUGAAAAAAAAUUGAAGACAUGGGAUGUUAGUGCUGUAACUGUGGGCGAAACUCAGGUUGACUUUCAACGUAUGCAUAUUCAACAUGUAAUUCCAGUAGUGAAUAUGCAGUGCCAUGCAUUCCAAGGCAGUGAUGCGUUAUACACCAAUGGAAGCAAAAAUUUGAGAAUUAUUAACACAUAUUUGAGAAACGCAAGUAAUACUUGUUUUUCAUUAUAAUCUAUCAUUCACACAUACAAAUAUUUGGUAGUCAUUCAGGUUCUGUCAUGUUAUGGUAUAGAUAUAUGGACUGCUAUGGGAAGGGUGCUUGUAUCAAGAAACUAAAGGGGACCGUAACACAACUGUGCUCUGGGGCAUGGUUUGGCUGGUGCAGUACAUGCAAUGCAAGUCAAAUGAAACAGCCAUGUCUCAGACAUCAAAUCAGUUCAUACUGGUAUGAUUUUUCUGAACCAAAUUAAUCUAAGUAUAGAUUUCCAAAAUAGUCUAUGUCAGUUUUUAGGUCAAACAAAAUGUAAACAUUAAAUUUAUUUACUUGUUUCAAAGUGGAUAUGAAUUAUUGUGUGUACUUGUAUGGAAAAGAACAAAUCUAAGCAAAACAAGAGUGAUAUACAUGUGAAUAAUGAUUUUUUUUUCAUCAUUUAUCAUGUUUCAUUUUCUUUUGUGGUCAUGUAAAUUGUAUAUUCUUGUUGAAGGCAACAUAGUAUCCAACCAACUAGUUCAGGAGUUAAACAACAUUUGUUCCUGCAACAUUUGAUCCCGUCUUAAUAUCUAUUAAAGAGGGUAUGGGAUUAAAGUCAUGAUUGUAUUAGCCUUUUAUUGUUCAGAAUAAUGUAAUGAAGGGGACCUAGAUUUAUUUAAUUUUGGAGGUUGCAUAAUAUUUUUGGGGGCAUGAUGUGUUGAUGUUCCAUCAGAGCAAACGUCAUGUUACCAGUUUUUGCAUGAGCAUGCAGUGAUUUACAUCAUGAGGGAUUGGCCAUGGAUUCCAAUUUACUCUUUUUUUUUUUUUUUUUUUUUUUUGGGGGGGGGUGAUGAGGACCCCAUGUAAUCUCUAAAAUAAAUAUUCCAUUUGACACGUCAUUCCCACUGAACACAUUUAUUUUAAAGUGCAGUUGCCUUCAUACAUGUACAUAUGUAAAUACAUUUGAUAUUUUUCUUACUACUGUUUCGAAAGCAACAUUCAUCACAUUUAACUGCUCGAAAUAUUAAUGUCCUUUACUACAAGAGUACCACAAGAUAAUGCAUUGAUAAUUGUUUUUGCUUUUGUAUGGCAUGCUCAUCAAUGGUUCAUCAAUUUGUAAUCCCAUUGUUAACACAAUAAAUAUUUGUUAUACUGGAGGUCAUACUGUAAUAUUUGUGUGCAACUGUUAUAAGUGAAGUAUGAUCCUAUUAUUUCUCAAUUCAUUGUUUCUGCUAGUAAUCGACACUUGCAAUUAAAACGUUAAAGUAUAUACAUUGAUACACUCUAGUGGAGGUUGGGAGAAUGAGUUACAAUGGGAUUGGAAUACAAACAAUUCCAAAUGGUACAAUGUAUAUAGCAAAUAUUCUUCCCCUGUGCUCAGAAAACUAGAACCAUUGCAUGUACCUUCUUCUUGGUUUCCCAUAAUACAAUUGCAUACAGUGUUAUGCCGUAGUUGUUAUGCCUUAUUUAUUUAGACCAGAUGCUAAGUUUGAUAUGGCACCUGGCAUCUGUUUUGAUCUUCAUUAUUUUGGGAAGUACAUGUAACUGUUAUUCAAUGUUGAUUGUAAAUAGAUGAAACAGUGAAAAAUGUACACUGAUAUAAGAAGAAAACAACAUUAAACCCAUGAAGAUUUCUCAGGAAAAAAAACCA